AUGGAAAAACAAGAUUAAAAACAAGAAUUUAAACUUAAAUCUAAGUAUUUAAAUGCGAAGAAAGAAGAAAUAAAAAUUUAAGAAUAAGAGUAUAGGAUAGCCAGCAAUUUUUAUAAUACAUAAUCAAAAGAUUUAACUAAAACUAUCUUCAAAAAUUCUAUAAAAUUUUUAAUACUUUCUGGAGGAGCCAUAUUUUUGAGAUCAAACAUUCUACAAAGAUUUGUUUAUAAAUAGAAAAGUGAGAAAUGGGCAUAUUAUAUUUAUCAGUAUGAAAGGGGAUAAUUAGGAUAAAAGCUGAUAUAACCAAAAUUACACUACAAUCAUUAUAUAUUUCCCUUUUUAGCUUACUAUGUUAUGGAUGUAGGAGUUGCUACAUUUCACGAAUCUUUAAUACCAAAACAAAGCUAGCUAUAAAGUGAUUUAUCUUUGUCUGUUAUGAAGUCUCUCAAUCUGACAUUUUGCUGUGCUCUCUUUGUUUCUAGAAAUCCUAAAUUUCUAUGUGCUUCAUUAAUUCUUGGAAACACAUUAUUCCUCACAAAUAUGCUAGUCAAAGAUUUUGUAAGUGAUUAUUUUUGA